AUGGCCAUGCCGCUAUGGGUAUUGGGAACGGAGGGAUUAUGGCGGUGCACAGGUCAAGCUUUCAUGACCGAGCCUCAGCAGGGGGCUCAUGGCACUACCAGGAUCGGGGGUCUUGUACUCUCGCGUGAGGGUGGUACUAUCAUUUGCUCCAGAAUACCGCAGGGCUCCGACACGCUUACCCUCUCCAGAACUCCACUUCGUUACCGGGGUAAAGCGAGGCUCGUGGGACGCGUCGAAUGCUCGAAGCCAACAAAGAACGAAUUGAACAAAGACGUGAAAGAUAGGGAACCCUGUCGUGUGUCUCCAGUCAUAUCUCGCUGUGUAACUUCUGUUGGUGGUGGUGGUGGUGCCGAUCAGGCUCACUAG